CUGUCCUGUACUUCUGAGAGAGAGAGAGAGAGAGAGAGAGAGAGAGAGAGAGAGAGAGAGAGAGAGAGAAGAGCAGCAGCGCUAUCGCCGUCCGUGUGGGCGCGCGCGUGCGUACGUGUGUCCGUCUGCGGCGCGGUAGCGGAUCACCUGUUGCCGUUCGAGCAGCUCCGGGAACUUAUAAGCGCGACAAACGUCCGUCUGAAAAGCCUCGAGCGAGCGUUACAUGGCAAAAAGAGGCCCGCGCGCGCGCGUCGCUGCACGAACACGCGACACUGACGCUUCAGUUUGUGAGGGGAGAAAAGCCGCUGCUGGCAAAAAGCAGCCAGAACUCGAGCCAAGCAGAGAGGGACCACCUGUGAAGUCUGGGGGUCGUUUGGGCAGACGCCUCAGGCUUUGGUCCCCUUAAAAGAAAAAAAAAAGACCAGGGAGAAAAAAAGAGGCUGUUCCUAUUUCCUUAUUUAUGGCCAAUUCCCAAAGAACCGGUGGAUCCAGUUCAGCAUUUUCUCUCCAUUCUUCUCCCAAAAGCUGCUGCUCUUUCACCUCCGAGUCCAGCUGAUGAGCAUUUUUCAUUUUUUUCAUUGGAGGCCUGAGUAAGAAAAUCCUGAGAGCUGUACAGGUGCGGAGUGGAAAAGCUGUUCAGCGAGGGAAGUAGGCAAAGACGCUCUCUCUCUCUCUCUCUCUCUCUCUCUCUCUCUCUCUCUCUCUCUCUCAGCCACAUUUGGUGCCAUUGCUUGCUUUUUUUUCUCACUUGUGGCCAAUACGCUCUCCUCUUGAGUCCCAAAGACACCAACAGCUCAACAGCUCAUAGGAACAGGGGACGCUUGUUUUCGGACACAACUUCGGUUUUUGGCUCCUUUUGGGAUUUUUUCUCGGUAGCCGUUCCCGGGGGGGAGACAACGAAAGCUCUUCCCCCAAACCACGGACAUGGAGGCAACGGAUGGCUAUAUAGCAAGUAACGGCGACUGCUCUCCUAGGAAAGAAAACUCGAGAAUGCUGGUGGACCUGUCGCUAGACGCACCCAACGGCCAGCAUUCCCAAAGCCCCAGCUCUCCGACCCCUCAUACAAUCAAACAGGAGGAGGGUGCUGAGGACGAAGCAGAGAAGAGAGUGGCAGGCCGAGAUGAGGCAGGCCACAGUGGCGAAGAGGGGUCAGUACAGGAAGACCCUAUGAUCGACAGUCCAAACAACCUGCAGGAGGUUGGACCAGGCACAGAGGGGCCGACUGAUACGGGAGUGCGAAUACCCUCUGGUGAUCGGCCCUUCCAGUGCAACCAGUGUGGAGUUUCCUUCACACAGAAGGGGAACCUGCUGAGGCACAUCAAGCUGCAUACGGGGGAGAAGCCCUUUAAAUGCCCCUUCUGCAGCUACGCCUGCCGCCGCCGUGACGCCCUCACCGGACACCUCCGCACGCACGCCGUGGGUAAACCGCACAAGUGUAACUACUGUGGGAGGAGCUACAAACAGCGUACGUCAUUGGAGGAGCACAAAGAGAGGUGCCAUAAUUACUUGCAAAGUCUUGGAAUGGACUCCGCCCCCAACCCAGGCCCAUAUGCAGGAGAGGGUCCUAAGGAUCAGAGGCCUCUGGGAGAGCCGACUGGAGCUGUGUCAUUCGACAGGCCGCCGGUCAUCGAAAGGCUGCAGGCCAGUGUGGCCAAGAGGAAGAGCACCACGCCUCAGAAGUUUGUGGGGGAGAAGAUGAUGCGCUACACCUACCCUGACAUAAACUUCGACCUGAAGUAUGAAAAGGAGGCUGAGAUGAUGCAAGCCCAUAUAAUGGACCAGGCUAUCAGUAACGCUAUGACCUAUCUGGGCGACACCCUGCGGCCUGUAGUCCCUCACCCUCAACUCUCCAUGGCAGAGGUGGUUCCCAUGGUGAACCCCUUAUUUCACCCCGUCUAUCCCAUUGGCCCUCGGCUGGACCGGCCCAGCAGCCGCGAGGCACUCCCCAUACCCCAACUGCCCCCACCAACGGAAUUUCCUGUCCCCACCAAUGGCGCCAUCUCUCUGGUCAGGCCCAAAAACCCCCAGCCAGGUCGUGAGGGCUCCCCCGGAAACAACAGUGGCCAGGAUUCAGCUGAUUCGGCCCGCAGCAGCCCUCAAGAAAAGCUGGUCAACCACAGCAGGUCGAUUCGGGUCAGUCCAGGUCACUUUGUGCCCCGAGAGGAGCCGCGGGUGGCUGAAGCCGGGCGUCCAGUGGUCCGGGACACAGGGGUGCGUGUUUUUGGCCGUGAGGGCCAAGAGCUGAGGGCCUUCCAGUGCGAGCACUGCAGAGUGCUUUUCCUCGAUCACGUCAUGUACACCAUCCACAUGGGUUGCCACGGCUACAGGGACCCACUGGAGUGCAACAUCUGUGGCCACUGCAGCAAGGAUCGCUAUGAGUUCUCCUCGCACAUCGUCCGUGGAGUGCACACCUUUCGUUAGGAACAGGCCAGGAUACACACCACACACACACACGGCCAGUCAUAGUCCAGGAUCGUGACCUGGACAUCGGAAAACGGUGUGGAGUCAUCUCCCAAGAUGGGGCGGAGGGAAGGCAGCUGUAAGCGUCACGUUGGCAGCAUUUAGCAAAUAUAUGAAGGUUUAGGUCCUGCAGUUAACCCCUUAAACUUUAGGCUUAUUACUCAGUUCUUGAUCUUGAGGUUUAUUAUCCUAUAACUACUAUGAAUUAUUCAGUAACUACUAUGAAUUAUUCAGUAACUACUAUGAAUUAUUCAGUAACUACUAUGUAAUUAAUAUAUAAGGGACGUAGUUACAAGAGAGGAAUGCAAGUCUGGAGUUUAAGGGGGUACUUUUUUUUUUUUUUCUGAAGGUUAUAUAUUUGGGUGAGGGCAUGUAUGAGUUUGCGCAUGAUGUGAAAGAUAAGGUGAAUUUUUUUUUUCCUUUUUUCUUUGCCUAGGCACACUCACUCUUUGACAUUAUUACUUUUUAUCUUUAGUGCACCAUUGAAAACAGAGCAGCUAUAUUUCCUGGAAAGUUAUGAAGGUUUUCUUUUUUUGCAUCGUCGUUGCAUGCUGUCGUUCCUGUUUUACGGACUGUUAUAGGACGACUGCAGAUUUUAGAGAUGUCGCCAUACAAGGGUAUCCCGAACAAAGCCGCACACAGGGGACUAUCAGGGGAAUAUGGGACAAGAGACGCUCAUCAUUUUACAGCUUUUUUCCUUUUCUUUCUUUCUUUUUUUUUUCUUUUGCUGCUGUGGUUUCUCAGUGCCUUGGCGACAUUUCUAAUGAUAUGAUUUAGCUUCUCAUAAGUGUGUUUGGACAUGUCCGCUUUGUACCAUUUGCCCAUCAGACAUAGUGACCAGGAAGUGCGGUUGAAUUAAAGCUUAGCAUUAUAGUUUUUUUAUUGUUAUUACUAUGUUUUUAACUGUGAGUAUGUGCAGGUUCACACUCAUCCUCGUGCUCGUGGUGCUUGUACUACCAGGACUCCAUGUGAUGGCACUGUCUUGUAGCCUUGUAACCACAUUAAAAAGCAGUUAGGCAGCGAUCGUGCACGAGGAGCUGAUGACAAUCUGGAUCAAAACACUCCUACGGUUUGAUGUAGGGCAGUUUUUUUUUUUUUUUUUUUGCAAAUGGUUGUGCACAGUAAGUCUGAUUGCUCAUCGUAUGUCCUCCUAAAGCACCUCAAGAAAGCAGCAGUCUGCAGCAUGCCUUUACGAGGCUUUUUUCUUUUCUUUUCUUUUAGUUUUUGCAUCGGUAGCACGAUGCCUCGGCUGGUCCCUUGUUAAUGAUCCAUCAAAUGUAUGUAGAUAGCAUAUGCAGUGUAGCGCAUCCUUGUAAACAGUCUUUAGGGAGCAAAUUACAGCUUGCACUUUAUUCUGAAGCACUGGCUAUGCUGGUUAUACAAAGCUCUGCUCUGGUUUUUGUAUUAGCCUGAUUGCUCACAGUCUCCUAAUCUAAUGCCUUGUGGUUUACCCUUUAUUUCCUCUUGGCCUCAGGUUUGAAUUGACCGUUUUUUUUCUCAAAAAAAUUAAAAAAAAAGAAACUGCUUAUUUUUCUCAAAUAAGCAGAGUUUCCCUAAACUGACAGUACUGUACAGUAUGCUCUUGUAGUGAACAGAUACAAUGAUGCAUUUGGACGGUGGAAAAGGUCAGAUUAAACCGUUAGAUUACACGUCAGCAUAGGAGACAUUAUGGUGCCUUUGUAAUGCUCUUUUAAGCCUUAUCAAGCCAGUGGCUGCUUAUUACCUAUGUAUUACUACUUUAUUAAGCAGUAAUUACACAGAAUUUAGAUUUUUGUUUGUGCAUUACACAUCUUAAUCUAAUUAAAUGAAAUCCAACAAGCCAGAUGUCAACUAAAAGCAAGAUUACAAUUUAGCAUACCUUAUAAACAAAUAAAAAAUCAUGCAACUUAAUGUUUUCUGAUUUUUAUUUUUCUACAUCAUUUGACCACAGCAUCUGUCCUUUACGUUGUAUGAUAAUUUCAUAAUGAAUGGACUGGAAGAAGUGCUCAAAAAAUAGCUUGGAAUAAAACCUCAACAUUAAUUUACAUUAAAAGUUAAGAACAUUUUUGCCUUGUCCUGUAAAGUUACUAUUGUGGAGACGCGUAUACUUCGAUUCAGAAUAGUGGGUCAGUUUAUAGGGUCAGUUAGAGCUAACUGUUGAUUUAUUAUUGAAAUAUUAAUAUGAAUGAAAAGAAAGUAAGCACACCAUAGGCUCGUUGCUUAGGUAAGAUAGUUAGUUGCUGCUUAAUAACGUAUUAAUAAGCAGCCAGUUAAUUAGAAGCCAGCUUGAUAAGGCUUAAUUAAAGCAAUACAGUGGCAUUAUAAUGCCUUUCUAUACUGAAGUAUUAACUGUUUCUACUAUUAAUAAACUAAUGCUAUCCUAGCAUUCAUCUACUUUUCAUUGUUUUCAAUUUAAUGUCACAGAAGCUUGCCAUGCACAUCUAUGUGCACAAUGUUAGAAAAUAUUCAACAAUAUUUAUUCAUCUUUAUGCAUAAUUGACCUCUCUGUAAUAGUUUUGGUAAUAAUCCAUAUUAUAGAUUGAAUUAUUCCAUAAUUUUAGUGAUUAUAAUGCUAGGAUAUAUGCUUAUAUGCAGUCGCAUACAAAAAUUUGGGCACGCCUGCUCAAAAUAUAGUUGAAAGUGAAGAUAAGUGAACUGAAUUUAACACAUAAAUAUAAAAAAAAUAAUAAUAACAAAAUGGCACAUUUUAUAUUUUAUGUUUUUUUUUUUUUUUCCAAUAUGUUAAACUCAGCAAAUGAAUAGAACUUCUGCCCAAAAACGAGCAGAAAAUGUAAGGAUCAGGUUUGAGGAUCUGAUAGAAAAUCAACAAAGCAUAAUUUGACAGAGGGUGUUCAAACUGUACUAAUGUGUUGAAUAUGAAAAGGUCCGAUGUCAAUUAUACAGAAUUCUACAGAGUGUGGAGGUCUACAUUUUGCCUUAAUUGAGCUUUAAUGGAGAUUUUAGGCACAAACGCCUUCACUAAGGUUUCAUUUUCAACUUGGUUUGAUUUCCCUGUGAGGGCAACCCCACUGUGUAGCCUAACCGUUGCCUGUUUUUCAGUGCUGAAAAAGCUUUGCACUUUUGUUUUUUUUUUUCCCCACUUUUGCAAGCAUGUAUGGUGCUCAGUGUUGAUCUCGCCGCUGUUUGGCCUUUUACCCCCUUUGCUUUGUGGAUUAUGGGUGAAAACUGUGAAUUUCUCCUUUAAAGGUUACGAGGAAAAGGUCUUAAAAACCAAGUCCUAGCACUGAUUGAAGAUACUUUUAUGUACGAAGCCUAAUGUCCAGUUUCAGAAGUUUUGUGUGCCUUUUUUUUUUUUUUCAUGCACAAACACAAAGUAUUCAAAGUCAGUAAUGAACAAAACAAACAAAAACAUCCGAACAUUUGAUAGUAACUGUACGUGUUUCAUGUGUAAUUUUGUUUCGAUGUUCUUUCAUCCACUGUAGCUGUUCAUGUUGUAGAUACAUGUAAAAAGAGUUUGGAGAAAACUCGAAAAAAGCUCGUCAUGCUGGUUUCCUCGCUCGUUACGUAUUGUACACGCUGGCUUUUUUCCCAAAAGAUUACAAAAUGAACGAACGGAAAAAGGAUCAAAAAGACAAAAAGAAGGACGUAAAAGAAUCAUUGUCGUAAAGACUAUGUUUACAGCUGCAAGAGCACACCGUAAAAAAACGAAAGUGUUCGUUCAGUGAGUCCACACUUCGGGAGCGUACUUGAAGUUAAAUCAAUGGCACUCAAAGUCUAGGUUAUUUACGUUCAUGUGUAUGGGGUUGCUAUAUUUGUAAAUAUAUAUAUUUUUUGUGAAAGGAAAGUGUUUUUUUUAAAACAUGCUUAUUUACUGUGGGCCUUACAAACAGCAAAACGAGGAUUUGCAGUGUAUUUUUAUAUAUAUAGUGACUAUGUAUGAAUGAAAUACAGUAUAUUUUGGUACAGAUGUUGAACUGGGUUUAUCUUUUCUUGUUUUUUUUUUCCUGUGUAUUGAAACUUUUGGGCUUUCUCAGGUACUGUGUUGCCAAGAUGCCUUUAAAAAACCGGCAUCUUAAUGAACUGAUUGAAAGGGAUUUUUAAGAGCAACCCUUGAAAAGGGUUCACAGAAAUACUGUUGUUAUUUCUUAGUCUAUCGACAUUCAGAAGGAACUUGUGCUGUAAGGUGUUGGUUUUUAAAGCAUGAACUUUUCUGCAUUAAAUACCUUUAAACUCAAA